AUGUGGCAAUCAGUCUCAUGGUAUCAAGAUCUAAUGGAAGUCUUAGCAGUAACAAAUGAUUUGGCUAUUGGUGAAAAACUUAAAUUUUUUAGGUCAUAUCACAGACCUAAAAUUGAUAAACAUUGUGCCAUACCGACAAAUGGUUUAUUAAAACGAUCAUUGUCAGAUAACAUGUGUUAUUUUCUUGAUACGAUUGAGGACGAUAUUAUUGAUAUUCGAGAAUGGAAUAUAAUUGUUUGGCGAAUAAAAGAGACUGAACAAGGAUAUGAUGAAAUAAUGAGUAAAAAUGAAGAACAAUUGCAAGAACUUGAAGCUCUAAGUUGUAUUUAUCAGGAGAAAACUGAAGAGUUAAACAGCAUGAAAAUUAAGAAUGAAAAACAUGAAGAAUCAGAAAGAAGACGUUUCGAAGAUGCAUGUGUGACUGUAGAAUUGUUUAUCAACUGGAUAGCUAAAUUUGAUGUUGAAAUGGCUGAAUUAAAAAAAGUCGAAAUCUGUGAAAAUGAACCAAAAAGCUAA